GUCAAGUACAUACAAAUCUCAAGGGAUUGAUGUCACAGUUAAGUACAGCCAAGGAAGCUGGACUGGAGUGCUGGGUACAGAUGUCAUUACUAUCCCGAAAGGAAUCUCUGGCAGCUACACUGUCAACAUUGCUACCAUUCUUGAAUCAGAUAAUUUCUUCUUACCAGGGGUUAAAUGGCAAGGGAUCCUUGGUCUUGCCUACAAUGCCUUAGCCAAGCCUUCAAGUUCCGUGGAGACAUUCUUUGAUUCUCUUGUGAAGCAGGCAAAGAUCCCCGACAUUUUCUCCUUACAGAUGUGUGGUGCUGGACUGCCUGUUUCUGGAAGUGGUACCAACGGAGGUAGUCUUGUUCUGGGUGGAAUUGAACCUACUCUGUACAAGGGUGAUAUUUGGUACACACCGAUCAAAGAGGAGUGGUAUUACCAGGUUGAAAUUCUCAAACUGGAGGUCGGAGGACAGAACCUUGAAUUGGACUGCAGAGAGUAUAAUGUCGAUAAAGCAAUAGUAGACAGUGGAACCACGCUCCUGCGUCUGCCCCAGAAAGUCUUCAGUGCUGUUGUGCAAGCAAUAUCUCGCACGUCCCUGAUACAAGAAUUCUCUUCCGGUUUCUGGACUGGUUCACAGCUUGCAUGCUGGGAUAAAACUGAAAGGCCCUGGUCCUUAUUUCCCAAACUCUCCAUUUAUCUGAGGGAUGAAAACUCCAGUAGGUCAUUUCGGAUCUCUGUCCUACCACAGCUUUAUAUUCAACCCAUCCUUGGCAUAGGAGAGAAUUUACAGUGCUACCGAUUUGGCAUCUCUUCCUCCCUGAAUGCUUUAGUUAUUGGUGCUACAGUCAUGGAAGGCUUCUAUGUAAUAUUUGACAGAGCCCAGAGAAGAGUGGGCUUUGCAGUGAGUCCAUGUGCAGAAGUUGAUGGCUCUCCAGUAUCUGAGAUUGAAGGCCCUUUCACAACAGCAGAUGUUGCAAGCAACUGUGUUUCCAGUGUUACUUUCCAUGAACCAAUGUUGUGGAUUGCCUCCUAUGCUCUCAUGAGCCUGUGUGGAAUUAUCCUCCUUGUACUGAUCAUCCUGCUGCUUAUUCCACCACGGUGUCAGCAUCGCUACACUGACAAUGACGUGGUCAAUGAUGAAUCCUCCUUAGUGCGUCAUCGCUGGAAAUGAGAAACUUGAUCAUGAAACCUGGGACUUAAACAGAAUGAAGAACAAAGUACUUUGCCAAGGGGAAGAAGCCAAUGCCUCAGUCCUUUCUAUGUUCAUUACAAAUUGCUGUUGAAAUUGCUGUUGAAACACCCUGCAUCAUAACUUUUUAAGCUUUAUUUUCUAACACUGAUUCUGAACCAAAGCACUGUUAACCACCUCUUAAGUGCUACAGUACUGGAUUUGCUACUGCAGUACAAUGAGCCUUUAUGCUCUCAGUAGUACCU